UGUUAUGCUACAUAAAAUUAUGCUUGCAGGAAAUCUAACCCCAAUAUCACAAAUUUCAUGGCCGACAUUGGUAUUCCCGGUGACUACAAGAAGCUCGAAGAGUUUUACAUACAAAGGUUGUUAAAAGUAGUGCAAGGGGUACGGAAGAGCUACAUGGUUUGGCAGGAAGUAUUUGACAACAACGUUGAGAUUGCGUCGGAUACAGUGGUGCACGUCUGGAAGGAACCUCAUCAGGAAGAAAUGAGUGCCGUGACGGCAGCCGGGUUCAAUGCCCUUUUAUCCAGCUGCUGGUACUUGGACUACAUCAGUUACAGCCACGACUGGAAGACGUACUACGCCUGCGACCCGCAUAACUUCACAGGUACGGCCAAGCAGAAGUCUCUUGUCGAGGGUGGCGAAGCUUGCAUUUGGGGAGAGUUAGUGGAUGCCGCAAACCUGAUUAGCCGCACCUGGCCUAGGGCGUCAGCAGUGGCCGAGAGGCUGUGGAGCCCCGCCUGGGUGAAGUACUCAAAGACAACAGCGUCCCGGUUCGAAGAGCAACGCUGCAGGAUGCGUAGGUGA